AAAGCCAACAGGCAGCAAUGAGUGAUGGUGGAACACGAAAGUAGUCGAGGCAUUUGUGGAAACAGGAAGCAACGAGGGAAAAGCAAAGGAUUAAGUCAGGCCGUUCGGGCGUCAGAAAGACACACCUUGUUGAAUGUUUUUAUACCAUGAACUAUAAUCGCAAACGCCUUCUACAUUAUGGAGGACUUUUGGCGCUCUCCACUGAACUCGGAAGCAAAGUCUACAUUGAGCGAUGAGUCGUUCGAAUUGACGCACAAAUGAGAGACGGUGGGGGUUUCAUAAGGGGCAGCGACGCAAUCUUGGCGAUUAUGUUAGCUUGCUAGCAACAUGAUCUGUUGUCAUUUGUUUAAAAAAAAAAUAACAUACGUAAUUUUGAAAGUUUUGAUUAUCUAGCUAAAAGGAGCGAAUCAAUGUUUUGGGAAUUUAAUUCUCAUAUUUGCUAUAAUUAAAUCAACAUGACUUUCCCUCAAACAAACAUUCCUACCCGUUAGCUUCUAGAUAGCUAGCUCACCACUGUCAAUAACCAGCCUCUGUAGCAUGGAGGGAGAGAUGCAAGUGUUACCAUCGGAUCACUGUUGCAUAAUAACAAAUCGGUGUUGUAUCUGUAAAUCGCAUCCAUCUCUACCGUGUCGCAAAUCGACUUUUGACACCUUCGUUCAGUGCGCUGACAUAAUGGACGUAAUUUGAUUGAGGGAUAAAAUAAAAAGGCAUUUCAAGACGAGAUGGAGUCUAACCCCUUAAUAAGUGCCAUGGACCCGUCCAUCACGUUGUGGCAGUUCCUGCUGCAUCUCCUUGAGGACGACAGCCAUAGGCACCUCAUCUCCUGGACCUCUGGGGACGGGGAGUUCAAGCUGCUGGACGCAGAGGAGGUGGCACGCCUCUGGGGUCUCCGCAAGAACAAGACCAACAUGAACUACGAUAAACUAAGCAGGGCGCUGCGAUACUACUAUGAUAAGAAUAUCAUCAAGAAGGUGAGUGGGCAGAAGUUUGUCUACAAGUUUGUAGCCCACCCUGACCCUUCGUCAGUGGACUGUGUCAGAGGCGGUGAAGAUUCUCAGCAACAGGAGAAUCUUGAUGCAGCGGGCCAGACCAAGUCCCCAGGAGGGGGGUCUUCUAACUGCCCCUCCAAGAACCUGCAGAUGCAGCGGUCCUCUCCAGUCUCUGUCCAGCACAGCUCUCGCAACGACUACAUGAAGUCAGGGCUCUACUCCACCUUCACCAUCCAGUCCCUCCAAGCCCCCUGCAGGACCUCUCCACAGCCUAUAAAGACUGAGCUGCUGAAUCAGGACUCUUCCCCCAGACCCCACAGCGCUGAUCGGACACUGCGGGAGGUGAGGGCCCAUGACGAGGACCUCUCCAAUUUAACCAUGGUGUGUCUGGAUGGCCAGAGCUCCUCCAUGCAGGGCUGUGGCAGCGUAGAGAGUAGCCUGCAGGUCACACUGACUCAUCCCUCGCCCUGCGUCACACCUGCCCUCAGCCCCCAGACCUUGUCAGUGUCAACCACAGGCAGCUCGAAGUCUCAGCCACAGAAGACCCAGAACCUAUGUGACCCUCCUCAGAUCUAUCUGACCAGUGUGUCGGACCCUGGCUCCCUCACUCCUCUGACCCUGACCCCUGUUGCUGCACCUGGGGCCCCGGGGGAGUGUGUGGUGAACCAGCCUCAGGGCCACCCUGUCUUUGUGGUCAUCAAGCCCUCACAUUUGGUGCAUUCCAAAGAGCAAAACCUCACGUCUGAAGAGGAACUGGUGAAGAUCAUGACCUUGGGGGAGAAACAUGUUGUAGAGGUUCCUGAAUCUGCAUCAGGACCAAGGGAACCUGAAACCCCCCUCUCCAUUGAUGUCCUCCCACCCUGCGUGGAACCAGUGGGCCAGCCUGUUGGGGAAGGGGAGGAACAAGGCAAAGAUGAGGCCCAUUUACCAGAAAAUUCCAUGACUCCAGCAGUUGCUCUUCAAGCGGCUACUCAUCCAGCCUGGUCGCCCCAGGAAGUACAACCCCCGAAAGCCAAGAAGCCCAAAGUCCUAGAACUGCCCUCUUCCUCAACCCUCCUACCCCCUGGUCUGUCACUGGAUCAGGUCAAUGCUGCCGUCAACAGCCUUCUGGCCCCUGGAAGUGCCACCAACACUCUGACUCCUACAGUGUUCACCUCCCAUUCUCUGACUCCGGUAUUACUGACACCAAGUCCUCUCCCCUCCACCAUCCACUUCUGGAGCACACUCAGUCCCAUUGCUCCCCGGAGCCCGGCCAAGCUCUCCUUUCAGUUCCCCUCCAAUGGAAGCAAUCAUAUCCAUAUCCCUGCCUUGAGUGUGGACGGCCUGUCUACUCCUGUAGUGCUGUCGCCAGGCCCACAGAAACCAUGAGGAGAGUCCUGGAGUCCUUCCACAGUCCUGUGGACAUUGAUUCCCCAGUUCAGCCUAUGGGACAGAAGGUACACUCCAUGACCAAAUCAAGUACUCCAAGCCAGAGUGCACUCAUGAGUGGAGAUCUGGUGUCCGGAGUGCUGUUGAAUGAAUGAUUUUUUUAGCAGUUGGAAUCUGCAUUCAAAGAACCUCAUGACGGGCUAGCCCAGAGGUUCUGGAUCAAGGCCAAGAGGUGGUGUUGGCAACUUUCAAACUUAGAGGGGCUACUUUUUUUCCCUUUUUUUGUUGCCAGAUAAGGAAUUUUUGGUGCGUCUCUCUUUCUUUGUCGAUUCAUAUUUUUGCCUCAAAUUUAAAUUGAUAUUAUAUAUAUAUUUAAAUAUAUUUUCCUGUUUUAUAAUUUCCCCCAUGACAGGGCACUUGACUUUAUAGAUUUAACUUUGUCCAUGAAAGCAUUAUGGUAGUGCUUGCCCAUUGCUUUACAUGUAAUUGGUUUCUUAUUCUCUAGUACUUUUCAAAUGACCAGUUACAUGAAGAAGAUAUGAGUACCUGUAGUGGUACCAUACCGAGUGUUUUACUUUGAGAUGAACUUGGAAGGCAUGUUGAUGCUUGAUGCUGUUUUUUUUUUUAAGAAGCCAAGUCAUGUGAACAUUUUAUAAUCAUGGUGAAGAAAUGGCGCUUACCAUUGAUAAUCUCAUGGCUGGAUUGGAACUUUUAUUCUGGAAACGUCUAUCUUUUUACAUUUUUAACAUGAAAACCAGAGAACUAGUGGAUGUGUUUUAACGAUUCAGAUGAAUACAUUCAAAUGUACUGUUUAUUUUGAUGGAGAAUCAGGUGUGAUCACGUUCUAUUGUUAUGUGAAUUUGAUAGUCGGUCAUGUUCACUGUCCAUUCCAGGUUUUCUUUUAGGUUUAAUUACUAGUUAAUUAUUUUGAUGCCAAGAUGGAACAUUGGUUCUGGAGUAUCAUGUGAAACUUCACCAAAGACCAGCUGCAUUGAUUAAAUCCUAUGUAAUUUUAGAGAUGCAGUGGUAGCCUUCAUUCAUGCAAGGGCUAUAACACCUUAUAAUGCUACCAAAAUCACACACAGAAUACCCAGUUUACUUUCAAAAUGGAUUUAGAAAAAAUCCUAGGUUUGCUAGCAUAAUUGUAUAUAAUCAUUAUGCGACAUGGUUAAAGACCAAGUAUAACUUACAAUAGAUCAGGUUAUCAUUGAAAAUAAAAUGGUUAAGCUUUUGAUCAGCUUUGAUUUAAUUUAGUUUUUACUGAAAAUAACUUGGUUGAUUUAUAGAGAUAUUUGUCCACUGGCCAUUUUUACAUUAGCAAACAAUUGGAAAUGUUGACACAAUUAUUUUUAAUUUAUUCAGACAAUGCUUAUAGCAAAAAGCUUAAAAAGCUUUGUUGGUUGAUUAGCAAUUGGUGUCCAACAAUUAUUUUUGUACAUUAAAAGAGUACAUAUGUUACUCUUAAAGAGUGCAUUUUAUAAAGUUCUGACUCAUGACAUCGUUAGCUCAGCUUGCUCCUAGUUAAAGGAGAUGCAUUAGUAUCCUUAACAACAGUCCAGCUUCACACCAAAUAGCCUUUCCAAAUAUACUUACUGUACCAUCUAAUGAAGUAGUGUUAGCCUUCUAGAGUCAGUGGACUACAGUAACUUGGUAUUGGCAGGGCUCUUUUGGUCUGUUACUGUACUGGAGUCUAUAAUGUAUAUCUGAAUUCAUUAAUAAUAUCUGAAUUCAUUUAAUCAUCUUUUGUAGUUUGAGAGCUUGUAAUUAUUGUCUAAUCGGGGGGCUUAUUCAGGACAAAUGAGGCUUUUAG